AUGAAGACAGAAAUCACGAUAGUACAGACGAUUUCAAAGUGGAAGUCCGCUGAUCUCAAAAAAAUUCUGCGCGAGUCACAAGCGAAGCGGAGCCAUGAGUUUGUGGCGGCCGCUGGUGACAACAUCAUGGAGCACCCGCACACGUUUAGUACGCGUGACGUCUGUGAGCGAUGA